CUGUGCAGCAGGAUUGUGUGUAGAGAAGGGAGAGGUUGUGGUAGCUUCCAUGGGGAGAAACACUGUUUAAUGACAUCCAAAGCCAAAGGGAAAGGGGAGGGGGAGGCGAUCUGAGCCAGAAAAAGGUCGAGGGAUUUGAGGAUGUGACUUUGUGUGGACACAGCCCACAAAAAAGUAUUUAAAGGGCCAAGAUCCUCCAUGCCCCUUUCAAUCUCCUGUCAGCAUCAUGGACUCCUGGGUCUUCCCCACCUCGAUGCUCCUGCUCUGUCUGAUCCAGGGAAGCCAGCAAGGCGGGUUGGCCCCUCAGGGGAACGGCAUCAUGGGAUGGUUUUUUUCCUCAACUCAUAUGAAAGGGAUUCCCCCAGGAGCAGGGCCUGGAGCUGGGGCUGGGAUCCCACCAGGAAAGGCAGGUUAUGGCACAUUGUCGAAUGGCUAUGGAACAGGGGCUCCCAAUGGAGCAGGGGCUGGACCCCAGGGCCCUGAAACAAAAGCUGGAUACAGGAAUGGACUUGGAGCAGGAAUCUUCCCUGGAGCUGGAGCCCAGCCAGGUCUUGGUGGGGGGAUGAAACCUCAAAAAGCAGCAUAUAGAAAUGGAUUGGGUAAUGGGGCUUUCCCAGGAGCUGGAGCCCAGCCAGGCCUUGGAGCUGGAACCAAGCCUCAGAAACCAGGAUAUGGAAAUGGGCUGGGAAAUGGGAUCUUCCCUGGAGUUGGAGCUCAGCCAGGAGGGGGAAUGAAGCCUCAGAAAGCAGGAUAUGGGAAUGGGCUAGGACAUGGGGGCUUUCCAGGACCUGAAGCCCAGCCAGGAUUUGGAGCAGGGGCCAAGCCUCAGAAAGCAGGCUUUGGAGCAGGGACCAAAAUUCAGAACGCAGGAAAUGGAAAUGGUCUAGAAGCUGGGGCAUUCCCAGAAGCCAGAGCUCAGCCAGGUCCCUGUAAUGGGGGCUCCAUUCCAGCUCUUCCUCCUAGGCCUCCCAAUGGAGUAGGGCCUGCAACAGGGAGUCCCUCAGAGAAAGGAGGAUUCAGGACUCAGAAUGGCUAUGGACCAGUUUCUCCCCCAGGCCUUGAAAAUGGAUUGAAGACUCAAAAAACAGGACUCAGAAAUAUACUUGGAGCUGGAUCCUUCCCAGGGGCCAGGAUUCAGCCAGGUUAUGGUGCCAUGAAUGGAUAUGGGACAGGUCUUGGAGGAGUCAAAUCACAGAACACAGGUUAUGGGAAUGGAUUUGGAGCAGGAGCUUUCCCAGAGACUGGGCCACAACCAGGGUUUGGGACCCUAAAUGGUUUUGGAGGAGGCCCAGGUGGUGUGAAGCCUCGAAAAGCAAUUUAUAGCAAUGGACUAGGAGCUGGAACUUUUCCUGAGGUCCAGCAAACAGGGUUCCCUGGGGCUGGAAGUUAUGCAGCUAAUGGCUAUAGCAAUGGAUAUGGAGCUGGGGGGCCUGGAUACCCUAAACCUUCCCUAUAUGAAAAUGGUGGGGCCAGCUCCUUUGGUGCUCAGGGGGUCCCCUUUCUCUCUGGAGGUUCAGAGACUGGGGCCAAGACUGCUAAACAUGACUUUGGAAAUGGAGUAGGCACAGGCUCCUACCCUGCAGAUGAAAGCCCACCAGGUCUCUAUGGUCAAUUAAGACCAGAGCCAGUUCCUGGGACUUAUGGUGGACCAGAUGUGAAGCACAACUUCAAUGGCUUCUUGGGAAAUGGUUAUAGAGGUCGUUGUCCUCCAGGGAAAUGUUGAGCCUAAAGGGACAUCCCCAACAUCCCCCAUGUGAAGACUUCAGGGGAGCUGGGAGCCUAAGAUCUGGCCAUCUUAGUGCUAUCAGGCUUUUUGGAAAAAACAACAACAGGCUCAUUGGGAGGGAACUUUCCCCUCUGCCCUAGGAGAGUCUUUCAUUGGUCUUAAUGGUGCUUUGAGGUAGAGAGGAAGAGAUCCUGGGCCUGUUAAUAAAAGGUUUCAAAUCACAA